GGUCAGAAACUGAAAAACGAAUUUCGUUGUGCACGCUGACUUUCCCUCUCUUCUCAAAAGCUCUGGGAGACUCUCUCCUUGUCAUCAUCUUCUUCUUCUUCUUCUCUCUGUGAAAAAGGCUCAUUUCCCGAUCUGGCAUCAUCUGCACCAUUCGACAUCUCUCAGCUGCAACUCAAUGGCAGCGACACCAAGUCACCUCAUCUCGACCUCCAUCUCCAUCAUCCUCCUCAUCUUCUCAUCGCUAAUGGAGUUUCUGGUUCUGGCCUCAGCCAAUCCCACCAGCCCUGCGCUUCUUCUCCAUUCACUCCCCGCCAUGGUCUUACCUCUCUACCUCUCCACCCCCAAUUCUUCGUCUAGGACCUCUUCCAAUCCUCGUCGACUCCUCCAGAGAUCCGAGUCCCUUAACCGCCCCAACGCCCGCAUGAGACUCUACGACGAUCUCCUCCGCAAUGGGUACUAUACGACGCGGCUUUGGAUCGGAACGCCUCCUCAGAGAUUUGCGCUUAUUGUGGAUACUGGAAGCACUGUCACCUAUGUGCCUUGCGCUUCUUGCGAAAUGUGUGGCAGACACCAGGACCCCAAGUUCGAUCCGGAAGAAUCGAGCACCUACAAAGCUGUCAAGUGCAACAUAGAUUGCACUUGUGACAGUGACAAGGUGAAUUGUAUUUAUGAGAGACAGUAUGCCGAAAUGAGUACCAGCAGUGGUGUGCUUGGUGAGGAUCUUGUAUCCUUCGGUAAUCAAAGUGAACUUGCACCUCAACGUGCAGUUUUCGGUUGUGAAAAUCUUGAAACUGGAGACCUCUACAGCCAGCAUGCGGAUGGCAUAAUGGGAUUGGGCCGUGGCGAUCUAAGUGUGGUGGAUCAACUUGUUGAUAAAGGUGUAAUAAGUGAUUCUUUCUCGUUAUGUUAUGGUGGAAUGGACAUUGGUGGAGGUUCAAUGGUUCUUGGUGGUUUCACUACCCCAUCAGACAUGGUCUUCAUCCAUUCGAACCCUGUACGAAGUCCAUAUUACAAUCUUGAUUUGAAGGAGAUACAUAUUGCGGGAAAGCGAUUGUCUUUGAAUCCAAGUGUCUUUGAUGGAAAACAUGGAACAGUCCUGGACAGUGGCACAACAUAUGCUUACCUACCAGAAGCAGCAUUUCUAGCAUUUAAGGAUGGCAUCAUGAAGGAGCUUAGUUCCCUCAAGCAGAUCCGUGGCCCUGAUCCAAACUAUAAUGAUAUUUGCUUCUCAACUGAUGAAAGUGAGGUCUCCCACCCAUCAGACACCUUUCCAACAGUUGACAUGGUAUUUGGCAGUGGGAAAAAGUUGACAUUAUCUCCUGAAAAUUACUUGUUCCGGCAUUCAAAGGUCCAUGGUGCUUACUGCCUUGGGUUUUUCCAAAAUGGAAAGGAUCCAACUACUCUUUUAGGAGGAAUUGUUGUCCGCAAUACUCUUGUAACAUACGACCGUGAGAAUUCCAAAAUUGGUUUCUGGAAAACUAAUUGUUCGGAGUUGUGGGAAAGACUUCACCAAUCUGUUUCGCCGCCAGCAAUGCCUCCUGCUUCUGGUGACAAGAAUUCAACUCCAGGAGUGACGCCUACAUUAGCUCCAACUGGGGCACCACCUUAUGUACUUCCAGGGGAACUCCAAAUUGGAAAAAUAACAUUUGAUAUGUCAUUGAACAUAAGCUACUCUGAUCUGAAGCCCCACAUUACAGAACUAGCUGAAUUCAUAGCUCAGGAAUUAGAAGUUAAUACAUCACAGGUUUAUAUGUUGAAAUUUGCUGCUAAUGGAAAUGAUUCCCUCAUUAGUUGGGCCGUAUUUCCAGCAGACUCUACUGAAAGCAUUUCCAAUACAACUGCAGCGGUUAUAGUUGCCAGGCUCGCUGAACAUCGCUUGCAGUUUCCUGUUAUGUUUGGAAGUUAUGAGUUGCUUGGAUGGAGAGUUGAGCCUAAGGAAAAACGGUCAUGGUGGCAGCGCAGUUAUGUGGUGGUUUUAUCCAUUUUUGGAAUUCUAGUGAUUGCAUUAUCAGUUGUUGGAUUGUUGUUUCUUUUGAGACACCGACAACGGACAGUCAAUCCAUACAAGCCUGUCAAUGCUGCUGUUCCAGAGCAAGAACUCCAGCCUCUCUGAAAAUUUUGUAGCUGUCUUUGCUUGUGGUUGACGGCAUGUUAUGGCAUGUCUGCCAUUUGCAUUUUGAUUCACAUGAUUAGUUACCAACCAAAUUCUGUAAUCACAAUUACUCAGUUGAUCAAGACUCUUGCUCCUUAGGUUGAAGAAUCAUUCUUUGCAAUGCCCAUGAAAGGAUGCCAUAAAUUCAGAUAGUAGAGAGAGAGAGAGAGAAAGAGAUAGGUAGAACUACUCACACUUUGGUUCUGUAGACAUCAUUCAAUUUGUAUAUGAAUAUUGUAACACACAAGUGAAUAAAAAGUUUUCCCAAUAAAAGGCUUCUUUUCAAUC